AUCUUAAAUUGAUCGUAAAGUGGCGGGCGCGCUGCGCGGGCGCCAGUUGCACUUGAAGUGCACUACACACACACGCGGCGUGCACCCUUUCAGGCGUGAAAAUGAAUGUUAUAAAUAAUCAGGCGCUCGCGAAUAAUUAUCAUAUGAGCUUGAAGGCCAGUGCGGUUUCCACCAGUGCUCCAUACCCAUGAAAAAAAUAUAGAAAAACGUGAAAACACCUUCCUCCAGCGCAACAGCGGAAAGUGAACAUGGAUUGGUGGAAAUUGUUCGCCGUCCUGGUAAUAGCUGUUGCGUGUGUCCACGUUAGCGCCGAUGGGCCAAAAAAAAAAAUCCGGAUACAUCUACCACAAAAGGUGAAGCACAUACACCACCACAAGAAGAUUUAUAUAACGCAACAUCCUGCGCAGUCCCAAUAUGCUCCCGCUUACUUACCGAACGCAGAAGGGGCAGUAGCGGUCCCGACGAACGUGGCGUUGCCAUCUGUUGCCAGCAUCGUACCACUUGAUUCAGAGGAGCUGUUUGAGGAGUCACAUAAUAGACUGCCCGGAGUUGCGGCUGCCGCCUCCAAGUUGUUGCCACUGUAUAGAGCCCGAGGUUACUACGGACCCAACCACUCUGAAGUCGAAGAGCAGGAUUACGACUUGGAUCCUCCGCCCGAACCGGAAGACUCCUACCUGCCGUCCGCCUUCUCAGCUCCAGCCGCGACAGCCGCUUCGGCCCCGAAAAGGGUGAAGGUUUUAAAGGUUAAUGAGUCCCCGCGAAAGAAGGUCAAAAAAGUUAAGCCUAAACGUAUUAUAACGGUGCGAAAUAGACCUCAACCCGAAGAAGAACACCCAGUAUCCAGUUUUCAUGAACAGUUCUAUUCGGACGUGGCAGGAUCCGGAACUAUUAAAAAGAUAAGGAAACCGCAACGAGUUGAAAAAAUUAUCGACGGCGACACCGAACACAUUCACACGUAUAGCGAAGAGCACAUACACAAGGUAGUAUUUGACGACAGGCCCAAGCUGACCGGUGUCGUGGGCCUGCACGGGGCACACGGGCCGCGCGACCAUCUCGCCAGCAUGUCCGCGCUGGCCGCGCACCACCCACUGAUUCCACUUAAAAACUCACAGGCCUUGCUGGCUCUCUCUUCCGACCCCUUCACGGGAUUAACAGCUGUCGGGUCGAUGGGAACGCCAUCGCAUUUAGAAUACGCUGCUUACAAUCCUCGCGACGUAACCCAUGAUCACAUAUUUCACGAUCAUGGCGAGAUUACAUCAGAUAUUGAUGUAAUAAAAGACAGCCUGGGUUCUCCUCCCAAGGGCUCUUACAAUAGCCAGGGUUUACGAAUCAGCGGAAGUGCCCCUAAACGCCACAAAUAUGGGACACAAAAGUACUCUAAGCCAACUAAACCGUCCGCAUCGACUGACUUUUCAUAUUAUGAAGGUAUCUAUUCGCCCCAUAGUCGUCCAAAGAAGGCGCCGAAACCUACACCGACAACGCCAACGUCACAUUACGAAUCUUCAUCGGAAGUGAACUAUGAUGAUUACAGGCGGAUUCCAUCUUUUAAAGUUAAAGACAAGUCUAAACUGAAAAGUCGUUAUGUAACGCCGAACCCAUACUACGGCGACGACAAGCUCGCAGACUACCGGCUGCAGCAGGCCAGUGUGCCGGCGCCUUUCUCUUUGUCCAACACCGUCGUGCAUGACUACAAGCCGACGUCCUACGACUCCUCAGCAUCCGCGCAGACACAAACUGGCUUUACGAAUUUCAAAGAUCCGUUUGUUGAUUUCAAAGGCUACUCUAAUAACUUUGAUUACGACACAUAUGCCUCUCCUUCAAACACUCAAGCGACAGAAAACAAAGACAGGGAGGCUGCACGAAACAUAAAAAAAAAUAAAAACAAGUCGAUAUCGACCCAAAAUAUUAGUUUUGGAGGACACACUCAACAUCAAUCCGUCCUAGACCAUCUAGAAGAUCCGAACUCAUCUGGGUCGGGUGUAACUCUAGAGGACGAUACGCCUACAUCUGCGGAAAUAAAUGCAGCAUUCGAUAAUUUUAAAUCGACAGAUAUACCAACGGCGUACACUAUAAAAGAAACUUCACCAGUACACCAAUAUUACUCGGCAAUGGCUAUCAAAGCGCUGCACGGUGACGCUAUGUCGGCUCCGGCUGCCUCUAACGACAACUUCCAGUACGCCGAGCCCCCCACCCCGUCCACGACUUCUCAGCCAUCGUCGGUGGCCACAACCACAGGUCCUACGCUUCGCUUUUACAGGAUACAAAGCACAGAUACGGCGGCCACGCCUACAACAGACCACCAUCCUGGAACGAAGCAAAGCAUACGCAGUCGUGAGAAAAAAAGACUACAAAGUGUCGCAGCAACAAAAACUGAACCUUCGCAUAGGUUUUCAGUGUUAAAGGAGUUUACAUCAACGGGCAAGAGUUCUGGCAGGUCGGUGCUCCCGACGUCGCUCAGACAUCUCCACAGAUUCACGAACGAGCACCCGACGGACUCAUCCACCGUCAGAGGGAAGCUCAAAUAUGGUGAUAAAAUAUGAACAAUCCUGAACUUUAGUGCUAAUGUUAGGUUAUUACAUUAUCCGUGAUCUUAGUCUACGUUUAAAACACAGGGAAGACCGCGAGUGCGUUGUUUGAUACACAACUGUUGCUAAGUGAAUACUUAUAUUUUAAAUUGUUUCAUAAGUAGCCGUAAUAAUCAUACUCGAUUAUUAUUUAUGUAAAUAGAAGCGAUAACGGAAUUCAUUCAUGCAUUUUACGAAUCUUAGACG